AUGCUGGUGCCCGAGUCUCCCGCCCGCCCGCUCGGCCACUUUGCCUUCACCGAGUGCAAGGUUGGCCUUGCUCCGGCGGAGGCUAGAGUGACGGAACGUCUUCCGCAGGUGGACCAUGCAAGUGCGGCUGCACCUACAUUACAUAUGGAACACUAUCCGACCUUCAUCCAAGGAUACCGCCUGUUCAAACAAUCCCCACGGGCUUGUAACCCUCAGCUUGCCGACUUCCAGCUGGGGAGGUCUACAAGCCUAACUCGGAAGAGCAGUGCCUCUGCAAGUCCGGUAAUGGAUUGA